UCUGAAGCUCUUCAUAACCGCGUAUUCGCUACAUCGGAUAUAUAGACAAGAUGAAAUUCACUUCUGUAGUUCUUCUGGGGCUAUUCAGUGUUGCAUGGGCGUUCCCCUCGCACGUGGUCCAGGAGGCAGCCGACAAGGCAUUCUCGGAGUUGGAAGAUACUUAUGAGGCAAGUGAAGGUCUUCUCCAUCGUUUGGGCUCUCAAUUGAAGUCUGACGCCUGGGUUUGGGGGCGACCCAAUGAGUUGGAAGGGCGUCGCAAGUGCCGCAAGUGCCACAUGGGUGUUACCGAGCAUAUUAUGAAGUCAGUGGUUCACCGUGUCAAGCAUAUCUGUGAGGAGACCAAGUGCGAAAAACUUAAAAAGCACUGCGAGGAAGCCAAAGAGCACCCGAAGGUGGCCUUCGGUGUAUUGUUAGCAAUGGUUCGACCUAUGGAGAAGGCCAGGGCCUUUUGCUUUGGACGCGGUGAUUGCCCGCGUCCACAUCCCCCGUGCGGUGUCGAUGUGAAAGAGAUUGAUCCCUCACCGAUCAAUAUGAAUAGCGAGGAGUUCGGACUUGUCGUAGAGAAAGUGAUCAAGAAACCUGCUGCAAUCUCGGCCGAAGCGAACAAUCUUCCAGUUCCGUUUGUUUUCGAGGAUGAAGACAAGUGUAAGACUUGUAUCAAAGGAGCUUCGUGCAAAUUCUUCAUGGCGGCUGCUAAGAAAAUUAAGGGUUUCUGUGAGAAAACUGAGUGCUCUGUCGCCAAGCGUCAUUGUGCAAUGGCUAAGAAGCAUCCCGAGAUAGCGGCUGGAGUGCUGCUUGUCAUGCUGCGGCCAGCUGAGUGGGGCUGUGGCUACUGCUUCGGCUCGAAAGAUUGCAGUGCACCUGAGGAGAUGGAGACUGCUGGUUCAGACAUCCUGGGCUUGGAGUGGGCCGACGAGGUUCAGUUCUAAGAAUUGUAAGAAGCACAUGCCGUGACUGGGCCGGCGAGAAUCGCAGGCUCGAAACACUAGGGCUUUUUUAUCGGCUAGUGAGGCAAUUUUGGAAGCUCUGAUAAUUUGGGUACGAACCCCCCUCCGAUUUACUGAAAGGUCGAGUCCAAUAAAGAAUUGUUAUUUAUAUGAA